AUGGGCGUGACGUCUGCCUCCCAGCCAACUUACUUGGGAUCCACCAGCUUUAUAUCUGCAUUUGACCAUGGUCAACAAGAUAUGUGCCUCUCAACACCGAAAACAGCACAUGCAUCCACCCUGCGCAAGGCAUGGAGUGCCGACUUCACUCACGUGUUUCCCCGACUGGUGCAGCUUCUGCGUCCCCUGAGGCUCUAUGAAGAUUUAGUGACCGACAAAUACUAUCGAAGCUCGUUCACAGUCAUCCCAGCUCCUCUUGUCCUUACUCCCUUAAGGUUGCUUCGAAAUCACUGGGACAGGGAGAGAUGGCCGCACGAGGGUUUAGGAUCCCAGAUCACUCAGAACACGGCUACCCAAUCGAUCAAGGUGGAAGCGAACAUGACAACGGACCGGUUUUACAAUUUGUUCACCGGUGCGAAUCUGCGAUGGGAGUUUGUCGGUAUCAUCUUCGCUAUGGCGGGACUCGGUGCCAGCGUGUCGUCUUCCUCCCCGUUGUUAUCUCUGAAUGGCAAGGAUGAAAUCAGUUCUGACGCCUUUACCAUGGAGAUGGCAGCUGCAAGUCAUGCAUGUCUUGAAAUCUGCAGGCAGUACGACAAUGUGAAUGACUUGGUGGUUUGGCUGAACUACGCGUAUUUCGUAUUGGCAUCAAAUAUAAUGGGAGAGACAAGUAAUGCCAAUGCACUCUAUAGCGCAAUGCACAAGGCUAAUAGAGAAUAG